AUGUCUUCAAGCAGCAAUAUUCCUCUGAUUAUAAACCCGUUUAUAAAGGUUUUACAGUCCUGGCUCAACAUUGCCAUCGGCAAACAUUUGUCCUCUGAACAGCUGGAAGGUUUUACCCCGGCUCUUGACCAGGGCAUCGGUGGGGCUAUCAUCAACUCUCCUGCUGAGCAUAUUAAAAGCUUCAUUAGUGAGAUUUUGAAGAGAUAUGGCUCCUCCCUCAAUUAGGAGGCCAUCGCAUUGCUGUGGUCCUUCAUCAUGUCCAUUUACAGCAUGGGUGGGGGGGCUGCUUAUUUAGAUCUGUUUGCUAUGCAUUUCAGGAAGAAAGUUAUGCUAUUUAACAAUAUCCCUGCUCUCAGUGGUGCACCUCUGAUGGGAUUCAGCAAGAUGUUUGGAUCACGUGAGAUGAUCCUUCUUGGAAGAUUCUUCUAUGGAGUCAGUGCAGGAUCACUGUAUGCUGGAGAAUGUGCUCCCCAGAAGCUGCCUGGGGUGAUUGCCAUAACAGCAUCCACUGCCACAGCUAUCGGAAAGUUUUGGUGGAGGUGGGAUUUGCCUUCAGUUUUAUGCAAGUUUCUUUUGCACUGUUACAGAAAGAAAUGUCUAGUGUGCAACAAUCUGCUCAUGCUAGCAGGUGCAUUUGUCAUGGGCUUCAGUAAGACAGCCAAGUCCUUUGAAAUGAUUCUGAUUGGACGCUUACUAUGCGGCAUCAGUGCAGGUUUAUGUAUUUCUCUACAUCCUCAAUAUGCUGGAGAGGUUUCCCCCAAGAAGCUGCGUGGAUUUGCAAAUUCUACUAUCCCUCUUUUUGGGGCACUGGGAAAAACCCUUGGGCAAAUUAUGGGACAAAGGGAGUAUUUAGGAACUGAGUCAUUGUGGCCGUUACUGAUGGCCUCCUGUGGAAUUGCAGCAUUGGUCCAGCUGGUCACUCUGCCAUUCUUUCCUGAGUCUCCGCCCUACCUCCUGAUGCAUAAAGGAGAUAAGGAAGGUUGCCUGAAAGCCAUGAAGCAGUUCUGGGGUGAAGGGACUCAUCGAGCAGAGAUUGAUGACAUGAUGAAGGAAAAGGCUACAAUGAAAAGCACCAAGAUUCUCAGUGUCUUGGAGCUAAUGAAAGAAGCAUCCUUGCGUUGGCAGUUGUAUACCAUAAUUAUUAUUAUAGGUACCCUGCAGAUUUGUGGCAUCAAUACAAUCUAUGUUUAUGCUUUUGAAGUGCUCCAUGUGGCUGGGUUUGAUGAAGACAUCAUCCGCUACAUGUCACUGAGUGUUAGUCUAUGUGAACUCCUCUCUUCUAUACUCUGCAGCAUCAUCAUUGAGCACUUUGGCAGAAAGAGGCUGCUUUGCGGGGGCUAUGGGAUAAUGGCUUUAAUACUGGCUGGCCUCACAGUAACUCUUGCCCUGCAGGACUGGUUCUUCUGGAUGCCAUAUUGCAGCCUCUGUCUUAUUUUGUUGUAUGUGAUCUUCUUUGGAAUUGGGCCAGCUGGAGCCACAAUAUCCAUUAGGGUUGAAAUCUUUGACCAAUCAUCCAGACCAUCUGCCUUUGUGAUUGGUGCGGCCCUCAACUGGGUUGGAAUCUUUGUCAUUUGGAUGAUUUUCCCAUUCAUUGUGGAGAGUCUUGGUCAGUUCUUCUUCCUCAUCUUUAUGGGGGUUCUUGUCACUUCCGGGAUCUUUAUCUACCUGUUGCUUCCAGAAACAAAAGGAAAGUCUAUCACUGAAAUCCAAGACGAAUUCAAUAAGUUAAAUUUUAGGAAGAAAUAUGUCCCAGCCAUGGAGAAGAACAUCAGUGAAGAUUAUACUUUCUGCACUCCGCUCUGAUUGGCCAUCAAAGGGAGUCAGCAAAAGGAAGAAAGAAGAGACAUUAGUGACUUUCAGACUGGAAAGUAAAGCCACCCAGGACAGUCAGCUUUAAUAUCUUUAAUUGGACCAACUUCUGUUGGUGAAAGGGAUAAGCUUUCAAGCCACACAGAACCUGAGGAAGAGUCUCUCUCACCAACAGAAGUUGGUCCAGUAAAAGAUAUUAUCUCAACCCACCUUCUCUCUCUAAUGUCCUGGGACCAAGUGCUGCUCUCCAGUCAACUCAGAAACAGGAUGAUGUCUGUUAGUAACAGAUCCAGCGCUCAAGACUGGAAUGACUGAGAACUCUGGCUUAACUUGGUGAACAGUAAAUCUUCUUUUAUACCAUCUA